ACUCCGCGCGUGCCUGUCAUAAAUCAAAUUAGAACUCGGUUGGUGUUUUAAAGUUAAAUUCAUUAUUAAAUUCAAUAAAGUUAUAGCAAUACACGCGGUUGCAACCUACUAGAUCAGUGUACCAGUUGAAUAGUAAAAUGCUCCAGCGACUUGUGGAUGGAUUAUGGAACGAGGAUGUGUGGUUGCCGCCUAACACAACAUGGGCUGAUUUGGCCCCCGGACCGGAAAAGGCCGUAGUAUAUACGGAUCAUCGGCAUGUCUUCGUGCCGAUACCGUUAGCGUUAGUCUUCAUAACCCUCCGCUACCUGCUAGAAAGAUUAAUCUUCGCGCCCUUCGGCCGGUACCUAGGCAUUAAGGACAGAAAGCCCAAAAAACCACCCCCGAAUCCAAAACUCGAAGCGGCGUACAAAGCCAAUCCCAGAGCACAUCAGCAGCAAGUAUGUGGCCUAGCGAAGCAGCUGGAUAUGUCGGAGCGGCAGGUGGAAAGGUGGUUUCGGCUGCGGCGCUGCCAAAACAAGCCAUCCACCCUCGUAAAGUUCUGCGAGAAUGUCUUCAAAUGCUCCUUCUAUAUAUGCAACUUUAUAUUUGGCUUUGUCGUGCUGUGGGAUAAGGACUGGUUGUGGGACAUCGACCAAUGUUAUAUUGGUUAUCCUCAUCAGGGUAUAACCAACGACGUAUGGUGGUACUAUAUGAUAUCCGCAGCGUUCUACUGGUCGCUAACCAUAUCUCAGUUCUGGGACGUGCGGAGGAAGGACUUCUGGCAGAUGUUCGUGCACCACAUAGCCACAAUCGCGUUACUCUGCUUCAGUUGGGUGUGCAACUUGCAUCGCAUUGGCACUUUGGUAUUGCUUCUACACGACUGCGCGGACAUAUUUGUCGAGUCGGUCAAGGCGGCGAAGUACGCUCGAUACCAGAAGCUCUGCGAUGCUUUGUUCCUGGGACUUAUCGUGAUGUGGAUUGGAACUAGAGUCGGCAUCUACCCCUUCUAUAUCAUUUGGAGUACGUCGAUCCGUGCUCCAAUGUUGUUGCCAAUGUUCCCGGCGUAUUAUAUCUUCAACUCGCUACUGAUCCUCCUUCUGAUAUUGCACAUCGUGUGGACCUGCCUUAUACUUCAGAUCGCGUACUACGCUAUCAAAGCCGGCCAGAUGAAAUCAAAAUAUGUUAGUAAUACAAAUGACUUAAAAUACUAUAUGGAUGGUGACGUGCGCAGUUCGAGUUCCGACCUCAGCGAUAGUCCGGGACACUCGAACCACAGUUCGCCCACACGGAAUAAUAAAAAACACGAGUGAACUGCCACACGAGGAAACCUAACUGAAUUUCAAAAUGGAGUCACAUAGCUGGAUCUCGGGUAUUGGAGUUGAUUCUGUUGUACACAAAUAUAAAUUUUAAUUUUAACUAAAUAGGGAAUAUGUAUGUGUUUUAAUAUAUUUCUAUUGACAUCGUUAUGUUAUGUAGUAAAAAAAAAUUUAACGCCUAAAAAGUAAGUAAAAACAUUAGCCAACCGACACUUUGUCUAUGAUUACCGAUUGCUGUUUUCUAAACUCAAUCUAUCCGUAAUCUAUAGAUUUAUAACUUAGCGACGCAAUAAAAAAAACGGACGUAAGUAACGUGAAAAAUUUAACUCUUAUGUGAAUUCCAUGCAUAUUCCCAGGAUAUUGAAAUAUCGAUAAAUAGUGCUAUCCUUUUCCAGGGGAUUCAGUGUGCAUAGAACAGCACUACUUAUCGACUUGUCAAUUUCGUUUAAUUAAGACAUUUGUGUACAACACUAUUGGCACCAUAGUCUACUAUUUUUAGAAUUAAUGUUGUAUUUGAUGGAUAUAUUAUACAUGUGAAUUGUACCUUUGUAGAGUUUCUGCUGUUGUAAUGUAAUAUUAAGCUGUUCGCGUCGAUUUCCUUCGUUGCGUCGCGUAGACGUGUAACGAAUGAGAUAUUCGACACAUUUCAUUUAAAAAAAAAAAAAUUGUUUGUCUCCUCUCGGGAUUUGGAAAACAAAGAAUAACCAUAGAAAUCUAAAUAACUAUUUAAUAGAAAUGCUGUCUCGAAUUAUUUUACACAUAAAGUCAGAUAAAAAACAUUUAAUCUUUAAUAAUUGUACAGCUGUCCCAAUACGUACCUACUAAUUGAUAAAGUCCAAAGUCAAAAUUAUCGUUAUUCAAGUAGACCCGGCCCAUAGAUGGCAUUUAUGAUGCUACGUUACAUGAAAAUGUGUAGGUUCAUGGUAGUGAGAUGAUAGCGAGAACCAUAUUCGUAAAUUUAAAACUAAAGCAGCGAGGGUUCCAAACGUGCCCCAGUUUAUAAAAAGCCCACAACAUGCUAAGCCAGGUGUUCUUUUUUUUAUUGCGCAUUAAUAUGAUAAAAUAUAAUUAUAUUAGUGCUUUAAGAUAUAUAAUUUUAAGCUAGCGCGCCCCAUUAUAUGUCAUAUAACAUGAUUAGAAUGUCGGUUGUUAGCACGAGAUAACUUUGUAGUAACGUCUUGUAAAACGUUUAAUAGUAAUUUAUUUUCACGUCUUAGGAUAUGCAAUGUGAUGUAAAAUGUGUGGGACUUAUUGUUUUUUAAUAUUUAUUAUUUGACGUGAUAGAAGCUGUAGUUAUACGUUUUCUGCGCAAACUUUAAUUAGCCACCUAUUAUGGCACAACCUGAAGUCUUUUGGGUAUGGAACCCUAAAAAUGGUAUUAUUAGAUUUCUGUGGUAGAUAGUAUCUGAUAUUUUACUAACAUUUUACUGUAUACCUUAUUAAUAAUAAUAUAAUUUGAUAACCAAAAAAAUGUACCAAAAUAAUGCGAGAUAUAAAAUAAAAUCACAAAGAAAACGAAAUAAAAAAUAACUUCCAGAUAGCGAUUUUUAAUUCUGAUAUAUCCUAGGUGUAAUUUAGUGAUCAAAAAAUUUCAAAUCGUUCCAAAAAGGGUGAGGUUAGGUUUAAAUAAAUAUUUGUAACGGUAACAGAUAAAAUAUAAAUAAUAGUUUUUUUCAUUAUUUGGGUCUUGACUGUAUACUCAUUUUCAAAUAUCGAAUGUCGGACUGAAUAUUUUCUUAAAGUCCCACUGCUUGGUAGAGGUCUCCUCUCUCAUAGGAGAGAGAGAAUGAGCUCAGAGCCUCGUAACCUCUGCUCCAUUGCGCCUGGUAGGGUUAAGCUAAUAUCCGGUUGCUUGAAAUACAAAGAAAUAAUAAUGAUACAUAAAACAUUAUUAUAUUGUUAAGGAUAAAAACAAAAUAAAAAUAUUAUUUUUGUUAAGGGGAUUCUUUACAUAACUAUUCCACAUUUAUAUGUAUUUUGGUUAUAUUUUGUGUUUUGAAGUAUCUAAACACACAAAUAGCUAUACGAUGAAUGAAAAUAGAAAAAUGAAUUUAUAAGAUUCAUAAACGGUAUGAAAUAGUAAAAAUAUUAAAAUAAUGUUUUUUCUUUCUAUGUAGAUAUUUUACUAGUUUUUGUGAAUUAAUUAUGGUAACAACUAUACAAAGAAUGAAUGAAUGAAUGAGCGGUUUGUAAUAAAUAAGUAUGAAAUAAUAAUAAAUAGAUUUUUUUUUCUUUUUGAUAAUCUUCACGUAUCUAUUCCAUACUGAUUUUAUAUUUUGUAAUAUAUAUGACAUGCAUGCAUGUCUUUGAGGCUAUUUAUUUUAAAACAUGUUGCUGCCAGAAAUAUAGGGCGUUUUGUAUAUAAAGGGCGUAAGUCAUUUUCAAGGGAUGUUUGAUUCGAACUGAUACUUUGUGAGAUAUUUGUUCUGUUACACAUCACGCAAUUUAAAAAAAAUCGAUAUGGUGUAUGAGAAAGUGACAAUAUUCCUCUUCUUAUAUUUUUUGUACCAAUAAAACAAUUCGAUUAUUACAUGAAACUGGGUCGACUUGAAAAUUGGUUAUUUUAUAUAUUUCUAAUCAUAACAAUUAUUUAGUUCUAAAUUCAUUUGUUUCAAGUUUG